AUGCAAUCCCAGAGGGAAAGUGGAAAUACGAGUGCACCUUUGCUGCUGUGGUUAAAUGGUGGACCCGGGACAUCAUCCCUGCUGGGUGUGCUGGCAGAAACCGGCCCCAUCAGGUUCGACCCCGACUCCCUGGAACCCAAACUCGCGGACACGCCGGCCUGGACUGACGACUUCGACGUGCUCUACAUCGACCAGCCUGUCGGCACUGGUUUCAGUUACGCUUCAAAUGCGGAUGGAUUCGCUACUUCUCAAGAGGAAAUCGUCCUAGAUUUGUUUGAAGCUUUCCAGCAGUUUUUCCAGCUUUUCCCGGAGUACUACGAAAAACCCUUGUACCUCACAGGCAUCUCAUAUGCAGGAAAAUAUGUGCCUUGGCUGGCCGUGCGAGUUCAUGAUGAGAAUCAGAAACCGGAAACGAGACAGUAUCCGCUUGAGGGAAUCGUGACAAUAAACGGUUUCACUGACCCAACUUCCGCCUUCUCUGACACGGCCCAGUUUCUGUACCAACAUGGACUCGUUGACCGAAACGGCGAGGCCCAAAUCCAAGAAGGUGCUGAAAUUCUUGCCCAAGCCACGGAACUCGAAGAUUGGCUCACUGCAGUACUGAUAAUCGCAGAUUUCGGAAACAAUGAGACGGGUCUACUCAAUAAUCUGACGGGUUACACUCAAAUGUACAAUGUGGCCGAUCCGUACGAUCAAGGGUUGCCGCCGGGAACCUGGGAAAUUUACCCGGAAUUCGUGAACCAGCCGAAAAUCAGGGACGCCAUUCAUGUCGGACAAACUCCUUUCGGGGGCGGCUACGAUGUGCAAGCCUCCUUGCUUCUGGAUUUUCCUCAAUCAGCCAAAAAUAAGCUGGUGACCAUUCUCAACAACAAUUACAAGGUAUUGUUGCUGAAUGGAGCCAUUGACUUGGUGUUGGGGCCGAGAACGUGUACCUCGCUGCUGAACUCCAGCAAUGACUGGCGAGACCUGGAUCUGUACCAGCAGUCCAAGCAGGAGAUUCUCAAAGACGAGACGGGCUCUGUUGUCGGAUAUUUGACAAAAGUGCGCAACAUGUGGCAGGCCAAAGUUCUGGGUGGCACGCACUACGCACCCGCCAAUGUCCCGGGCCCCGUUUACUCAAUUCUCAAAGAAUUCAUCGCAGCAUCCAGCAUUGGUCGUUAGCAAAAUGAUCGAUUAUCGCUACUUUUGGGGUGAAUUUAAGUUGAUGAUUGUCCGGCGCGAUGACGAGGGACGAAAGGAUUGUGUUAGUGACGAGCAGCAUUGCUGUAACGGUGAACCUCGAAGAAAAUAAAAUAAAUGUAUUCGGAGCACGAUUCAAGAAAAGUGGAGUCAAA